AUGCUUUGUGAAGAGCAGCGAUAUAUAUUUCUUACUACUGGUUCUGGCUUUUGCAUCUAUGAUAUCCAGACAAGUAAGUUCCUCGUCAAGAAGUCUGUAGCUCAUUACUCAAAAAUACUGCACUUGGGAUUGGUUUGCAAUGGGCAUUAUUUAGCAACAUGUUCUGAAGAUGGUUCAUUACGUCUUUGGGGCACAAAACCUGAAUUGAAAAGUCCAAUGUCUGAAUUAAGGUCCCCAGUUACUAAAACACCAAUGAGUCAUGUGGAAAGAUUCUUCAGGGUGACGCAAUCCAAAACUCCAAAUGCUAUUCCUGCAAUGGAACCUGAUCUUCUGGGAGAAUGCUUAGGUCAUUCUGGUGCAGUGCAGAUGUUUCUUGAUUUUGGGAAUGAUGGUUUAGUGACUUGUAGCGUUGAUGGAAUGAUGAUAGCUUGGAAGAAUCAUGAGUACGAAGAGAUGAAGAGAUGCACACAGAUUCUGCAGCUGCAGCAAACGGAUCAAUUUAUCACCUAA